CAUCCCAAACUGUGAUAUUGAUGACAGAAUUAUUCAUUUGAAUCGAUUUGUUGAGCUGUAGCAACCUGCUAGUCUGACAUCAUUACCCACAAUUCCAUUGGAAUAUUUUAGGAUAUUUCACAAGCGAAGCCGUAUUCGCCCUUAUAACCCCGGAAAAUGGCAAAUUUCUUUCAUUUUUAGGACGAUCAUCAGUUUGUAUGUCUAGUGUUCCAAAACCUCAGAAAUCUCCCCCGACCAAGAAGCGACGCAUUGACGAGACCGGUGUCAACAGUACACAAAACUCGAAUACAGUUCAGGCCUCAACCACCAACAAUAUGGCUAGUAACGGCACGAACAGCCAGGGUGACAUAGAUGAAGGCCUCUAUUCAAGACAACUGUAUGUGCUUGGCCAUGAUGCCAUGCGUCGUAUGGGCGCUGCGAAUAUCCUGGUCUCUGGCAUGAAAGGUCUUGGCGUUGAGAUCGCCAAGAAUAUCAUACUCGGUGGUGUCAAAUCUGUGGCACUUCAUGACGAAGGCAACACAGAACUGGCUGAUCUGUCAUCACAGUUUUACUUGACUGAAGCAGAUAUUGGCAAGAACAGAGCUGAGGUGACAGCAAAACGUGUGGGAGAGCUGAAUUCCUACGUGCCCGUCUCUGUUCAUCGAGGUGAACUUACAGAGGAGCUCUUGGCCAAGUUUCAGGUUGUUGUCGUCACCAACAGUACUUUAGAUGAGCAGCUCAGGAUAAAUGAUUUCUGUCACAAAAAAGGUAUCAAACUUAUUGUGGCAGACACAAGAGGGCUGUGUGGACAAAUCUUCUGUGAUUUUGGUGAUGACUUUGUUGUGGUUGACUCAAAUGGUGAGGAGCCAAUCAGUAACAUGGUCGCUGGAGUAGUCAAGGGCAAAGAAGGCACUGUCACGUGUCUCGACGAAACACGCCACGGAUAUGAAUCUGGGGACUACGUCACAUUUUCUGAAGUACAGGGUAUGAAUGAACUGAAUGGCUGUGAGCCGAGGAAAAUCGAUGUUACAGGUCCAUACACAUUUAAUAUAGGCGAUACUUCUGACUGCUCGGACUAUGUAAGAGGAGGUAUAGUCACUCAAGUCAAAAUGCCCAAGGUCAUGAAGUUUAAAUCAAUGGCCGAUUCUCUCCUGGCCCCUGAGUUACUGAUGUCAGACUUUGCCAAAUUUGAUCGCCCUGGUCUUCUUCACAUUGCAUUCCAAUCUCUGCAUGCAUUCAUCAAGAGAAACAGCAGAUUGCCUAAGCCCAGAUCACAGGAUGAUGCAACAGCCUUCAUCGAUCUUGUCAAGGAAAUCAAUGAAACCUCUGACUUCAAAGCCGACAAUCUAGAUGAGGAUCUUCUGAGCAAGUUUGCAUUCACAGCUGCUGGUGAUCUGUGUCCAAUGCAGGCUUUCAUUGGAGGAGUGGCUGCUCAGGAAGUCAUGAAGGCCUGCACAGGAAAGUUCAGUCCUAUUAACCAGUGGUUGUACUUUGAUGCCUUUGAGUGCCUACCGGAUGCUGAGGGUGGAGCUUUGACAGAGGAAGAUUGCAAGCCACUUAACAGCCGAUAUGAUUCUCAAAUUGCUGUGUUUGGUAACGACUUCCAGAAGAAAAUAUUAGGCCUCAAAUACUUUGUGGUUGGUGCUGGUGCAAUAGGCUGUGAGAUCAUGAAGAGUUUUGCCAUGAUGGGUGUAGGAUGCAGCCCAGAAGGGAAGGUCUACGUCACAGAUAUGGACAUCAUAGAAAAAUCAAAUCUCAAUAGACAAUUCUUAUUCAGACCAGCAGACGUACAGAAAUUCAAGUCCACGACCGCUGCAAGUGCUGCUAAAGUAAUGAACCCAGAUUUCAACAUCAUCGCACAUAAAAAUAUGGUGGGGCACGAGACUGAGAAGAUUUAUAACGAUGUGUUCUUUGAGAGUUUGGACGGUGUAGCGAAUGCUCUGGACAAUGUCGAUGCAAGAAUGUACAUGGAUCGGCGAUGUGUUUAUUAUAGGAAAUCACUAUUAGAAUCGGGCACAUUGGGAACCAAGGCGAAUGUACAGGUGGUGAUUCCCCAUCUUACAGAGUCCUACUCUUCCUCACAAGAUCCCCCAGAGAAGUCCAUUCCUAUAUGUACCCUGAAGAACUUCCCCAAUGCCAUAGAACACACACUGCAAUGGGCGAGAGACAUGUUUGAGGGAUUGUUCAGCCAGCAGGCAGAGAAUGCGCAUCAGUAUCUUAAUGACCCCAAGUUUAUGGACAGGACCAUGAAGAUGCAGGAAGAGCAAGCUUACGAUGUCAUCAAAAGUGUCAAAAAGUGUCUCUGCGAUGAUCGACCGAAAUCAUUCCAAGAUUGUGUGACGUGGGCGCGUCUCCUCUGGGAAGAGAACUUUGUCAAUACAAUCAAACAGCUUCUAUUCAACUUUCCUGCAGACUCUAAAACUAGCUCAGGCACACCUUUCUGGUCCGGUCCAAAACGUUGUCCACAAGUGAUACCUUUUGAUACUGGUAAUGAUAUGCAUUUUGAUUUUGUGAUGUCUGCUGCUAAUCUAAAAGCUGAGAUGUACGGCAUAAAUGGAACACGUGAUCGUCAGGGUUUAUUCGAGAUGAUACAGGAGGUGCCUGUGGCGGAGUUUGUGCCUCGAUCUGGUGUCAAGAUCGCUGUCACUGAUGCCGAGGCAAACAAUAUGACCACUGGUGAUCGGCAAGAUGACAUUGAGGAACUGAAGGCUUCCAUUCCUGCUGCAUCAGAAUUCAAGGACCUAACGUUGAAAAUCAUCGAAUUUGAGAAGGAUGACGACACCAACUUUCACAUGGACUUCAUAGUGGGAGCGUCAAAUUGUAGAGCAUCAAACUAUCAAAUAGCGCUCGCAGAUCGACACAAGAGUAAACUGAUCGCUGGCAAGAUUAUUCCUGCCAUUGCUACGACCACUGCUCUCGUGGUGGGACUUGUGGGGUUGGAGAUGUACAAGCUCAUUCAAGGCCACAAGAAACUCGAGACGUAUAAGAAUGGCUUUGUCAACCUUGCCUUGCCUUUCUUUGGUUUCUCUGAGCCCAUAGCAGCACCAAAGGCAAAGUACUAUGAUGAGGAGUUCACUCUGUGGGAUCGCUUUGAGAUUGAUAACAAGGAUGGAGAAAUGACUCUCAAGGAGUUCAUGGACUACUUCCAGAAAGAGCACAAGUUGGAGAUCAGUAUGUUGUCACAGGGAGUGUGUAUGCUGUAUUCUUUCUUCAUGUCGAAAGAUAAGCUAAAGGAGCGAUUAGACUUGCCAAUGUCAGAAGUCGUAAAGAGAGUCUCAAAGAAGAAGAUUCCGCCGCAUGUGCGAGCACUCGUGUUCGAGUUAUGCUGUAACGAUACGGAGGGAGAGGAUAUCGAGGUGCCCUAUGUCAAGUACAAUCUACCUUAACUAUGAAAAUAGAGACGCUUCAAAGACGUUCACUUGUUACUCAAGAUGGAAAUAUUCGAUUUCGACAAUAGGACUUGGAGACAUGAAAUCCUGGAAUAAGGAGUGAUGAGUUCAUAUAUCACCGUCAACUAAUCCAUGCUAUCUAUGGGAAAGACUUUAGGGCUGGUUCCAGAAUAUGCCCAGAUGAACAAAACGAUUUGCAUUCAUUUGAAUGUACCAUUGUAGCCUUGUAUACUGACAUAGACAUUUCCCUUGGACAUGCUUGGAAAAGAUGUUGGCUCACUCCACAUGCACAGCAUAGAAGAGUGUCAUAUAGAGACACGGCUGUUCUGUUGAAAAGAACAACUUGUGUGUCUUGAAUCGGAAUGCUCUCAUGAUGAAUUUGGUUGUUUUUUGAGUUUGAAAACAAUGAGGCUAUAAAUAUGAGAGCAUUACUGGGGAGAGAUAAUCACAGUAUUUAUUGAUCAUGUUAAUCUUCUUACUUUGUAUAAUAUAUGUUCGCAUCGUGCUUUGUUGAUGUGCUAAAGAGUGGUUCUUGGAAAUUGGUACUGAUGUCUUCACUUGUCACAAGAAGCAACUAUCUCAAUUAUUUGUUAAAAAUACACAUUCUUUUUUACUGGUGAACAAUAUUCCUUCAUAGCCAAUUUUCAAGAAAUCUGAAUUGCUUGUGUUAAAGUUGUUGAAUUGGUUAAAAGAGCUUGGAACACUGUAGUAGUCUGGGUAUACAUGCACCAGUAUCAUCAAACCUCUGUACAUGUAGCUCAAUCAUAAUCUGAUGUUUAGCUGCACUCGUGUCUUAUUGGGAGUCCCUGCUUUCUUUGACAAAAGGAGGCUUGGUCACCUCCUCCAGUGAUUUGUUGGCUGGAGUGGGUCAGAUGAGCAAAACCGACCUCUUCGACUGCUUACAAUUGUAAACGUUUGCAGAUUUUUUUCUGAAGUUAGAUGUGCUACCAUUUUGUGAGGGAAUAAUAUAUCUGGCAGAAUGUGCUUAUUUAUUGCAAGCAAAUUUAUUAGAUGACAUGACAUUCUGGUGACCACUGUUCUGAUUUACCUACUUAGAUUUUCUCAAAAUCUGGCCUUGAUUGUGAAUCUGCCUUGCUUCAGAAAUCUUAAAACAAUUAAGUGGCUUGAAAAUGUCUAAGGUUACCUUAAUGCUAUGACCUGAUAAAGAUGUUGCUGACUAGAUUAAUCAAAUCAUGCAGCUCAGAAUAAUGUUCAGCACUGUCCGUAUCUAUUUUGAUCUACAGAACCUGCAGUGAGGCUGGCAUUUCUUCGUGUCAAGUCGAUGUAACAUGUUCAUGUUGUUCGGUUCUCCCAAUAAAACUUAGUUGCUGUAA